AUGCAUUUCAAGUCUCUCCUUCUCCUAAGUGCGCUCUGGUCACUCACCGCAGAGGCAGCGCCUAGUCCUGCCCUCACUACUUCUCCAACUGCCUCGACCGGGCAUUCAUCUCCCUCCCCGCUUUCCUUUAAGACCGCCUUCAAUAACGGAACGGCCACUUCGCAUGCUACAGCCAGCCCGACUAUCACCGGGUCACCGUUAAUAUUACACAAGGGCAAUGAUACGUUCGGAAAUGAAAAAGCUGUUGGUCCUGGAGGCAAUGAGCCCGUCCUCUUCAGCGCCUCUGGAACUUGGUUGUCCGUCCAUUGCGACAAUCCUGCCUUGACAGACGCCUCCACACCAGCAAUUACACAAUGGGCUGCGGCGGGCGCAAGUGAUGCUUGGAAGCAGUUGCUGGACGCCUGGAAUGGGCCUCAACCCUCCGGCAACGUCCAUCUGGCUUUUGCACCCUACGUCUAUAAUCAGUUCCACUAUCAAGUAGAUGCCAAUUGCGCAGAUGUUCAAAAUGGCGUAUGCGAUUCAACCGUGCAAUGCGGGCCGACCCCUCCAGCUGGAAGUCUCAUCAUUAACUCGCUUGUGGGCAUUCACAAUAUUAUCAAAGAGACCAACGCCGCCAUCGCUCAGGUCAGCUCAAAUAUGGCAAACACCAUGACGGACUUUGCCGCAGUAUUUGCCAAGUUCCCUGAUCAAAAGGGCGAAAUGAUCCUCAAAGAAAUUCUCGACGCUCUUACAUUUGUCAUCGGGAUUGGAUCAGCCUUUAUAUGGAACGAUUUUAUUAAAACAGCAGGACUCUUCGCUAACGACAAUUACCGUGGAGUUUGGAAAGAUAUUGCCAAUGGUGCUAUUGCUUACGGUAUCAAUAGUGGCAAGGAUUCUUUGUCGGCUCCUACAAAUCCAUACGAAGAAUCGCAGACUUUGUCUGAUAUUCUCAGUCGCUGGACAGCCGGACUUGAGGCAACUCAAGCUGGUUGGCUCGCAACAACUCUAGCUGGCAACACGAGCGACAGUCAGAGCAACAUGACCGCUAUGCUUGAAAACGGUGGUAUCCUUGCUGCUGUACAGGCCACAAAUGGAGACCAAUGGAAUGACCUACAGCAAGCUGCUUCCGCAAUGUUAUACGGGAAGAUGAUUCCAUCAGCAUGGAAGAUCUCCCAAAAUAAACAACGUCCAUUUAUUCUCCGUGUCGAUCGGAGCCAAUACACCUGCGGAUCCCCCAUUUCCUACGAUUCGACCGCUAAAGGACUCAACCUGGGUAACUACAUGACCAAUGAUGUAGCCAAUAAAACCCAUUGGUGUGACCCAGAUGGGAACACCUUCUUUCUUCUCAACGCUAUUGACACAGUGUUGGAUUGCAACGACAAUGGAUGUUUGCCCAUGGGGACAAUGCCGUUUGGAGCACUGGAUGGCGGAACUAAUGACGUGCUGACCGGCGAUCCUACCGUCUGGGGAGGUAUAACUAUUGGGGACAUCGUUCAAAGCUCUUACGCCGGGUUCGUCGUAAACGGGAACAAAAACAAUUAUACUAUGCCUCUAGAUUCAAACCUUAUAACGAAUCCCCACUUCAAUAUAACCAAAGGCGAACUGCCAUUACAAGGCAGUAUCUUGACACCGGGCUUUUUCAACUUGACCAUUUGUCUCUCUGCCGAACUUGCAGGCCGGGGAAUUUCUUCUUCAUCCGGGUCAGAACCUCCCUGUGGCAAUGACGUCCAGACUGGACCUAGCGUCGUCGUGAGCCCUCCAACUAAUUCUCAAGGCUACGCCCCGGGUAGAUGUGGCCUGCACGUAGAGCAGUGGCAAAGGAACGAAGGAGAUGAGAAUCCUACUCCGGAUUACCAACUUGCUGUUACAAUCAAAGAUGGUGCGAAUAUCGUUAUUGGCAGCGCUACAAAGCAAAUUGCUACCCAUCCGUUAGCUGUAGACAGCAAACUCCCCUUCGAUGUCAUCGUCAAAGAAGGCAAUGCCGAUAACGACCCUAUCCAGUUCUGGUAUGCAGACCAGUACUGGGACAGCAACUCCAAGGCUUGCUCGAUGGGCAAGUACGACAGCGGCAACCGCAAUGGUGACUGUUCAUUCAACUGCCCCAACCCAUCAGGGUCCGCUCCCCCCGCCUCCGCCACCGUUGCUCUCCCCACUGGCAUUAUCCCCGCCGCCAAUAGUCAGGCUGCGCUCACUACUGCCACCGGAACUGCCAGUUCAUCCACAGCCAAGCCAACAGAGACUCAUGCACCCGGCUGGUGCGGGGUCCACGUGCGCCAAUACCAGAAGAACGAGAAGGGCGAGAACCCCAGCAACGACUACGCCGUCGAGAUCACGCUCUACGACGCCAAGAAGAACACCGUCGGUACCUCUGGCUUCCAGGACGCACCGGCCAACAAACCGGUCCCGGUGACGAACAGCAUCCUGCCGAAUCCCUUCACCGUCACGGCCCAGUCAGUGGAUAGCGAUCCGUUGCUCUUUGCUUAUGGCUCCACGACCUGGAACAGCACAGGCUGCAAGGUCGGCAAGUACGAUAGCGGACACCGGGAUAUGGAUUGCGGAUUUACGUGUUAG